GGCAAUUCUUUCCUUCCCCAACACCGAAUUCGAGAUUCCUUCGCCCUCGCCAUCGCGCCCGAGCUCCCUUUGCCCUUUCCGGGGCCCCACCGGGACACCGAGUCUCGACGAAGCCGGGUGCGCGGACAUGGACGUGGACAUGGUCACGGACGCUGCGCAACCCGCACCGGGCCCGGCGCCAACGACACCCGCUUCUGCUGGAAGUCCGGGAACCCUCAAGCACGGGGAGCCCCGGCGGCGCAACCGGCCUGCGCUGUCAUGCAUCCAGUGCAGGACGCGCAAAAUCCGAUGCGAUCGCAACGAGCCGUGCGCCAGCUGCAUGAAGUCCAAGAUCGUCAAUUGCACCUAUGAAGAGGCUCGUCGCCCGAAGCCGCGGCUAUGGCGACUCUCCCCGGCACCGGCCGCCGUUCACCAUCCCGAGCUGUCCCCGACGUCAGCCGACGAGCGAGCGGCUGCCGGCUCGGCUUUCACCUUCAGGGACAUGGCAUUGCCGGCGCCGCCCCCAACCUCGAACCACUCAUGUGGUGCCGGUGCCGGCUCAGGUCCUGUGCCAACGCUCGGCAAGACUCCGGAACCCCGUUCAGCCGCGAGUCCACACUCGUUCCCGCAAAUGCACCAUGCCGACCCCGGCGCCGGCUCCGGGACCUCGGGCCCACUCGGGAAUACGGCCGCCCUUGCGGAGCGGGUCCGGCAGCUGGAACAGCAACUCGCCGAUGCAUUGAAACGCCCAGAUUACGGCUCACCCUCGGCCCGCCCGGCCCACCAAGCGUUAUCCCCGGAUCUUAGGCCCCCAUCCCGGCCGUCCAGGGUGAACUCCCUGAUGAACGGGGAAAAGCUCUUUCCCCUCGCCGUCAAUAUCGCCGCGCGCAUUGAAUCCGACAAGAACUGCGAGGCGCAUUUUUCCCUUCAAAAAUGUCGGGACCUGGGCAGCACCAUUCAGUCUACAAAGGCUUGGUCGUCCGCCCCGCUCCAGCUCGGCAACGCCAUUCCUCCCAAGGACGCUGCGCUUCGACUAGUGGACGCCUACUUUAGGACCUUCGAGAGCGUCUACAGGAUCAUUCAUCGGCCCAGCUUCUGGCAAGGUUAUCAGGAAUACUGGGAGAACCCAGCCACGGCCGAUCCUGCGUUUGUGGUGCAGCUCCAACUCUGCAUGGCCAUCGGAACCUGCUUCCAGGACGACGUAGUGGCGCUCCGCCGCUCAGCUAUCCAAUGGGUACGCGAAGCCCAAGUCUGGCUCGUCUCGCCCACUGAGAAGACUCUGGUCAGCUUCGCCGGCCUCCAGGUCAUGUGCUUGCUUCACAUGGCGAGGGAAACCUGCGGCAUCGAAGGCGACAUGGCCUGGAUAAGCGCCGGUUCGUUACUGCGGACUGCCAUGUUUCUCGGCCUCCACCGCGACCCCGACAACUUGCCUCACAUGUCUGUUUUUGGUGCAGAAAUGAGGAGACGACUCUGGGCGGCCGUCCUAGAAAUCGUGCUGCAAUCCAGCUUGGAUUCUGGGGCACCACCUCUCAUGAACUUGUCCGACUUCGACACGCGCCCGCCCUCGAACUACGACGACGACCAACUUGCUGAACACGCCAAAUUUCCAUCGAUACCCCGACCUCCUAACGCAUUCACUCAAACCACCGUCCAGAUCGCCCUUCUCCGGUCCUUCCCCGUACGGCUAGCCAUCGCCCAAUAUGUCAAUCAUUUCAGCUCACCUGCCACUUUCGAGGAGACUCUGAAGUGGAAUACCGAGUUGUCAAACGCUUGCCGGGCGCUCUCUGCCACUUUCCAACCAUUUUAUGAUCCCGCCGGGAUCCUUCCCAAACGCCUCUCUUUAUUCCAACUGCGCCUGGCAGAGCAUAUGGUGCAUCGCUUCUUCCUGGCGCUGAAUCACCCCUGGUUAUGGUCGGCCCAUAACAACCCGACUUACUAUUUCGCGCGCAAGAUGUGUGUCGAAACAUCUCUCAAGCUCUACCGAGCUAUUGCUACCGGAUCUCCCGCCGGAGACUCCGGAACCGCAAGUCAGUCUGAUGACUUCACGCGACUCGCCACAUGCGGAUACGGCGCCUUCCGGUCGGUUCCCACAUUAGCUGUGCUCACCAUUUGCCUCGAGCUCCUAUGGCAAGUCCAAGAAGACCGUUCCUUCCGGCAGAGCAUGAGUAUCGACCACCCGCAAGAUCGCCCAGCGCAGCCCGGGGGCAGCGACCCAGAUGUGGGCAGUUCCGUGGGAAUGGGCAUCGGCAGUGGUGCCGCGCCGCGACUGGAGCUAUUAGAGGCGGUGAAGUAUUCCAUCGGUUGGACUGAGCGGCGGGUACGGUGUGGAGAAACAAAUGUCAAGGGCCACAUUCUAUUCUCCGCGCUUCUUUGUCAAGCGCAGGCACUUCAGCGCGGCGCUUCGGACGCCGAGGUGGAGCGGUCGGUGCUGACUGUUGUUGGAGAGGAAUUGAGCCGCUGCUUGCUCCUUUUGCAGGACGCAGCCGGCCGGGACCCGUCUUUUGCGGCAAAUGGCGGCGAGGCAACUCAUGAUAAGAAGGGCUCAGGAUGGGGGGCCGCUUGGGGCCCUGAAGAUGCGUUACGAACACGCGGAUUCAACUCCAUUUUUAACAUCCACGACUCUGAAUUCUUUAUUAGCACCUGAUCCUCGAAGCAGGUUGCUCAACGCCGACUGUCACGCUGCAAGCACUCACCCGCCAAAGUCCGUGGCAACAACCCGGCAUUUAAGAAACAGGUUGCCGCGGGGUUACGAAUUACAACGAACUCCUACCGGCUUGCUCUUUCAAGAACGGCAUUCCCUAACCAGCACGGGAAACUGAUCCCUCCAUGUAUCAUCAGCACCUCUGAAGCCUCGACAA